GAUUCCUAUCGAACGUAAACAACAUCGACGGUUUACGAAAAUUAGCAUUUGCCUGAUAAGCAACUAGAACACAGCGGCCACAGAUAUAACGCCAUGCUAUAAACGAUUCGCGGGCACGUUUACGCCAGCCCAACCAAACUAGACCAAUUUCAGUUGGGGGACAUACACUGCGACAAAAAGAAAGGUAGUGGAAAAGCUCUCCCGUAACAGCAACAAUGUUUGCCACACUGAAAAACAAAAUAAAAGAGGAAACGGGCGAGGAUGUUGUCCAGCCGGGCAAUCAGCGUUAUCCCAGCACCAACAACAACAAUUACCGGCUACGUAGUCGCCGCGUUAGCAUUAAUUCCAACUCGGCCGAUGAUGUGGGCGGUGGCGGAUUCUACAAUGAGUCGGAGCAAUUGUGCCAGCUGCGGAGUCAAUGCAACGAGCUCACCACCAAGCUAUCCACCGUCACGCAGGGAUUGCAGCAGCUGCAGGAGGAGAAGAGCCGCGUGGACAAGACCAACGAGAUCCUGCUGGAGAGCGUGCGCGUGGCCCAGACGCAGAAGGACAUGUACUGCGAGGAGCAGGAGAAGAUCCAGAAUCUGCAGCAGAUCGAGAUCGACAAGCUGAAGAACCUGCUCAGCUUCCGCGAGCAGGAAUCGGUGGAUCGCAUGGGUCUCAUGCGUCAGCAGAGCCAGCAAAUUGAGUCCUUGAGCGAGGAGCUGGAGCGUCUCCGUCCCAUUGAAGCCGUGGCCGAAGAUCUGCGCGACGAACUGGAGCAGCUGAGGCACGCCACGCAGCAGGAAAAGAACCUGCUGACCACCACACUGGCGGCAGUGCAGGAAGAGAGUCGGCACCUCAAGAAGCGCAUGAAGAUCGUCGAGGAGUCGCGUCUGGAGUCGCUGGGCAAGCUUAACUCCGAGCAGCAGGUGCAGGCCCUGAUCAGGGAACACAAACUGCUGGAGCAGCACUUGGAGGAGGCCCAUUUGCAGCUGUCGGACAUCAAAGGGUCCUGGAGUGGCCAGAAUCUGGCGCUGGAGACGCAAGUCAGUCGUCUAUCCAAGCAAGUGGCCGAGGAAACCACCGAAAAGCGCAAGGCACUCAAAUCCCGCGAUGACGCCAUCGAAAACCGCAAGCAGGUUACCUUCGAACUGGAAAAGGCCAAAGAUGAAAUCAAGCAGCGGGACGAUAAGGUUAAGCUGCUAGAGGAGGAAAUCGACGAGCUAAGUGUGGCCCUAAAGGAGUGCCGCGAGGAGAACGAGCAACAAAUCCUUUUUGAGCGCAAUAAAUCUCAAAAUCUGGAAACAGAGGUAAAAGAUCUCAAGACUCGUCUUACGGCGGCGGAUGACAGGUUCACCGAGUACGCCUCGAAUGCCGAGCAGGUGGCCCAAAAGCUACGAACACAAUUGACUGAAAAGCAGGAGCAGCUGGACGAAACCAUAAUGCAGCUGGAAAUCGAACGAGAGGAGAAAAUGACUGCAAUACUCCGUAAUGCGGAAAUCGCCCAAAGCGAAGACAUUUUACGGCAACAGCUGCGCUUAGAGCGCAGCGAAGCAACCGAUCUCCAGGACAGGAACAAUCAGCUGGAGAGGGAUAUAUCUGAAGCCCGGCAAGCGCUGCAACAGAUCAGCAGCACAGCCCAGGAUAAUGCACAAAAGUUGACCGAGUUCGAGGAAGUUCAAUUGGAAAUAGUCGAGAAAAAUAAGACAAUAAAAACACUGAAUCAGCGCUUGGUCGACCUGAAGAAAACUGUGCAAAAAGAAUUGCGCAGCGCGCAGAUAUCCACGGAUAGUGAAUCUCAUCCGACAACGAUUACCGGACACAGAAUCUCAAGCUCAUCUCUGGAGACGUUUCCCUCUGGCGACAAGGGCAAUUGCAUCAUAAUGGACGAAGUUAAUUUCCAAUAUUUGAAACAUGUCAUAGUGAAGUUCUUGACCAGCCGAGAGGUGGAAGCACGUCAUCUUGUCCGUGCCGUCUCCACAUUACUUCAGUUGACAUCCGAGGAGGAAAAGCUGCUGCAUGACACUUUGAAUUGGAAGAUGAGUUGGUUUGGCAUGAAACCAACCUAAAUACCCACUGCAAUGAAUCAUAUUUGCAUUCUAGUCUGUAGUCAAUUCAUAACGUUCGUGUAAUAUGUACAUAACAAUUACAUACGCAGCACUGUGUUAUUUUGUUUACCGACAACAUUCCAUUCUGUUAAAUAGUAUUUAUUUCUACCGUUGUGAUUUUUAUAAUAAACUACCAUUUAUGUAA